AUGAGGAUUGCAACGAGGCCGCUAGCCACGGUGCGGCAUAGCCCGCCGCCACUUAUUAGCACACGUCCAACUGAUCAACAAGGAACAACAGCACAGAGAGUAUUCAGUCAAAACACAGGGCACGCCACAACGGGAUGCACUCACGAUGGGAACAAUCGGGCAACUUUUGCUGAGCGGAGCGGUCGGGUUGUUGGGCGCGGCGCGCGCGACAUUACACUGUCGACGGUCGCCGGCACACUGCGCGCCCGGGCUCCGGGGGCCCCCCGCCGUCGGCGCGUCGCCCCUGCCUCGCGAGGGCGGGGCCGCCCAGCGAGGCGAGGCGAGCCGGGGAGCUUAAUUACGCGCGGCCGAAGCGGGACGGCGAUAGAGAGCGGGCGCGAGCUAUUAGCGCGGAGAGAGGGACGGCGCUCUCCU